AAUUCCAUUUGGCACACACCACUCAAUUAUUUUAUUUCAGGCAGAUUCCAUUUCAAGACUCAGUCACCCCUGCUGGAAUAAUCAUGUCACAACUUGUACAAAAGGCUAAGUUGGCCGAGCAAGCAGAGAGAUAUGAAGACAUGAAGGAUUUCAUGAAGGCAUAUGUAGCCGAAUCCGGCAGCCUCAGUUCUGAAGAAAGAAAUCUCCUUUCUGUUGCUUACAAGAACGUGGUGGGUGCUAAGAGAUCCUCUUGGAGGGUUAUUAGCAGUUUAGAGCAAAAGAGUGGCAUUGCUGAAGAAAGGGCUACAAUAGCUAGAAAUUAUCGCAAGCAGAUAGAAGGAGAGCUCAAGGAAAUGUGUGACGAAGUCACUGGUCUCCUGGACAAGCUUCUUGAACCUGCAAAUGAUGAUACUGAGUCGAAAGUGUUUUAUCUGAAAAUGAAAGGUGACUACUUCCGCUAUCUUAGUGAAGUAAAUCCUAAGGAUGACGAUAUCAGUGACAAAUCUGAAGAAGCAUACAAAGAAGCUACUAAAGUGGGAGAGGAGGGCAAAUUAGCGGCUACACAUCCAAUCAGGCUAGGGCUUGCCCUCAAUUUCUCCGUCUUUUAUUACGAGAUAAAAAAUAAACCAGACAAAGCUUGCGAAUUGGCUAAAUCCGCUUUCGAUACUGCAAUCGCUGAGCUAGACACCCAAACCGAGGAGUCGUACAAAGACAGUACCCUUAUCAUGCAGCUCCUCCGUGACAAUCUCACUCUCUGGACAUCGGAGCAGGAUGGCAGAGAUGAAGAUGAAACUGGAGAUAAUUGAUCCACAAGACUAGGCCAUGAGUCAAUCUUCUCCCUUCGUUACUUUCCUAACUGAUAAUUGCUAUCAAUAAUCCAUAAUAAUGUAUAGGCCUGUUUUUUCUUUACUGUAAUCUAUUAGGGUUUACUUUUAGUGAAUAUUCUAUUUAUACACGAUCCCUUUGAUUUUAUUUUGUUUCUAUUAUUAUUAUUAUUACUAUUAUGUGUUACUAUGUCAUACAUAUUAAUACAUUUUGGACC